GUCUCCAAUUAAUCCGUCUCUGACUCCUCUCCAGAAAGUAAAGUUUGGAAACACAGUAUAUGUCCUUCUUCGUAGAAGAGCGAGUGGUCCCAGCAUCCGACGAGGCUCUGUCCUGAGCUACCAGUGGUGAGAACUUGCUGUUUCUCUCUAGCUCCGGAGGGAAAGCCGGGAUGAUGGCGAUUACCUCAGGUGAGUGGUAGAAGAAGGCAGGGCCCGUUCAGUGAGGCGGGAAUAGAGAGUUUGGGUCUCUGCGGCCGCCGUAGUCACAGCACUGUGGUCCCCAUGGCAACGGCAAGAAGCAGCGCCAAGCUUCUGGGCGGUGCUGGCGCCUUGGCGGUUCGGACCCGAGGCGGCGCGGAAUCUGUAAAACUGUCGGUGGCCCCGUGGUUGUGGCCUCGUGGCCCGAGGGCGCCGGAACCUGGGGACCGUGGAGGGCGCGGCCAGGCCGGAGGGAAAGGCUCUGGAUCCCCAGACCCCCGCCAGUUCAGUCUCCGUCCGUGGGCCUCAGGUUUCCCAGACAGAAAGAGAGGAGAUUGGGCGCCCCGGCCCAAGGGUACUCGAUCUUUGAGCCCGGAAUCUUCUCUCUUCUGCAGCUCCUGAACGGACUGGUUGCCCUGCCCCAUGGACACCUCCUCUGGCCCGUGGGAUCCAGCCCCAGCUUCCAUCAGCAGCCCUUCCUUGCGGCUCCCGAUCCCGGCCAUCGUCUUCAUCGCAGUGGGUGUCUAUUUGUUGCUGCUGGGCCUGGUGCUGCUGACAAGGCACUGCUUGCUGGCCCAGGGCUGCUGCACAGACUGCAGCUCCCCUUGCAGGAAACAAGGUGCCUCGGAGACCCAAGACUGUUGCUGGAGCUGUGCAGAAGCCUGCGACUUCCCUCUGCCCAGUCCAGCCCACUACCUGGAUGCCUGCUGCCCUCACCCCAGCGAAGCUGGUUGGGCUCCUAGCUGCCCUCGCUGCUGCCCGUUGUGUGACUGUGCCUGUGCCUGCCAGCUCCCCGACUGCCAGAGCCUCAACUGCCUGUGUUUCGAGAUCAAGCUCAGAUGAAAGAUGGGGUUGGGGGCCUUCUUCUUUGGGGAGUGGCCAGCCCUCAGGGUCCCCCCUGUAAUGGCCCUCAGGACACCACUACUAGGCUACUGUAAUUACAGAUGGCAGGCCCAGCCUAACUACCUGAGACCCUUAAGUGAAGGGCCCGGUUCCCUACAGGGCAGGGUUCUGAGAGCCCUUGGACAUCUGAAAAGGGGCUGGUGUUCUGGCCAGUGCCCCUGCACCUGGUCAGUCCCCUCCCCCUCCCUUGAUAAACUGUUGUAUGUGAAGGUGAGGAUGCUGGCAUUGCUCACCCAGGCAACAGUGUGGGAAGGCACUGCCAA